GAUUGAGCCACUGCACUCUAGCCUGGGAGAUGGAAGUGAAACCCUGUCUCAAAAACAAAAAAACAAAAACCCUCAUAUACACAAAACAUCUUUGGAGGCCUCAUUUUUAAAAACUGUAGUGGGAUCCCAAGGCAAAACGUUUCAGAAACACUGAUCUAAGAUUUGUGUUUUUUGUUUUGAGACGGAGUCUCACUCUGGCGACGUGGCUGGAGUGCGGUGGCACCAUCUCGGCUCAUUGCAACCUACACCUCCCGGGUUCAAGCGAUUCUCCUGCCUCAGCCUCCCGAGUAGCUAGGACUACAGGCGUGCCACCAUCCCCGGCUAAUUUUUGUGUUUUUAGUAGAGACGGGGUUUCGCCACGUUGGCCAGGCUGGUCUCGAGCUCCUCACCUCAGGUGAGCCUCCCGCCUCAGCCUCCCAAGUGCUGGGAUUACAGGACUGAGCCACCGCGCCCGGCCUGUGUUUUGUUUUGUUGUUCAACAGGGUGGAACAUAAUGUCUAAACCUGGGCCCUACCUACCUGGUGCUCAAAAGUGGAAUGACCGUCCCUAGCCAACCCUUCAGAAAGGACAGAGAGCUACUCAACGGACCGCUGUACCCUUAAGGACUGGGAACCGGAACCGUGGGUGAGUGGGACUGAAUCACAGACUAAGCGUUUUCCACGCUUCGCCUACGUGCUGAGUGCCAAGUUAUAAAGACAGGAACAUCCAAGCUGCUCUCCUGGGCUGACACGGACGCGAGGGGACCUACAGUGGCCUUGGGCCCAGCAGGCAGCGAGUGCAACGUGACUGCCCAGAGUCCAGCCCCUGGGGCCCAGAUCUACAGAACCGACCAGACGUGAUAGCCCUUUGGCUGGGGCUGCAGUCCCACGAUCCACACAACGACCCUGGCUCCGCAGACGCGCCAACCACCCACGGAGGCAAGAAACUGCAGAAAGUAAAGGGAAAGGGAGCCUAGUGCCGGGCGGCGCUGAGCAGCUCCCCCAGCGGCCACCGUCGCCAACAUCCCUGCGUAGGGGUUCGUAUCGCAGCGCGCUUCCAGACAUCAACGGCUGCGCGGCCCACGCGCGCGCAUGCGUCCUGACCAGGGGAACCUUGGGGACCCGGAGGCGAGCGCUGGAAGGCGGGAUAGUGGCGACCCACACGCAGGAGCUUCCGGCGGCGCGUAGUCGUGAUUGGUGGAACCUGGGAGAGGGGGCGGGGCACCGGGGAAUUCGAAUGGGAGAGGCGGGCCCAAGGAGGGAGUGGAAUGGCCGCGGGCGGCUCGACGCAGCAGAGGCGACGCGAGAUGGCGGCAGCUUCAGCGGCGGCGAUCUCAGGAGCUGGUCGCUGUCGGCUAAGCAAGAUUGGAGCUACUCGUCGUCCACCUCCAGCCCGCGUAAGGGUGGCUGUGCGACUGCGGCCAUUUGUGGAUGGAACAGCUGGAGCAAGUGAUCCCCCCUGUGUGCGGGGCAUGGACAGCUGCUCUCUAGAGAUUGCUAACUGGAGGAACCACCAGGAGACUCUCAAAUACCAGUUUGAUGCCUUCUAUGGGGAGAGGAGUACUCAGCAGGACAUCUAUGCAGGUUCAGUGCAGCCCAUCCUAAGGCACUUGCUGGAAGGGCAGAAUGCCAGCGUGCUUGCCUAUGGACCCACAGGAGCUGGGAAGACGCACACAAUGCUGGGCAGCCCAGAGCAACCUGGGGUGAUCCCGCGGGCUCUCAUGGACCUCCUGCAGCUCACAAGGGAGGAGGGUGCCGAGGGCCGGCCAUGGGCCCUUUCUGUCACCAUGUCUUACCUAGAGAUCUACCAGGAGAAGGUAUUAGACCUCCUGGACCCUGCUUCGGGAGACCUGGUAAUCCGAGAAGACUGCCGGGGGACCAUCCUGAUUCCGGGUCUCACCCAGAAGCCCAUCACUAGCUUUGCUGAUUUUGAGCGGCACUUCCUGCCAGCCAGUCGAAAUCGGACUGUAGGAGCCACCCGGCUCAACCAGCGCUCCUCCCGCAGUCAUGCUGUGCUCCUGGUCAAGGUGGACCAGCGGGAACGUUUGGCCCCAUUUCGCCAGCGAGAGGGAAAACUCUACCUGAUUGACUUGGCUGGGUCAGAGGACAACCGGCGCACAGGCAACAAGGGCCUUCGGCUAAAAGAGAGCGGAGCCAUCAACACCUCCCUGUUUGUCCUGGGCAAAGUGGUAGAUGCGCUGAAUCAGGGCCUCCCUCGUGUACCUUAUCGGGACAGCAAGCUCACUCGCCUAUUGCAGGACUCUCUGGGUGGCUCAGCCCACAGUAUCCUUAUUGCCAACAUUGCCCCUGAGAGACGCUUCUACCUAGACACAGUCUCCGCACUCAACUUUGCUGCCAGGUCCAAGGAGGUGAUCAAUCGGCCUUUUACCAAUGAGAGCCUGCAGCCUUAUGUCUUGGGACCUGUUAAGCUGUCUCAGAAAGAAUUGCUUGGUCCACCAGAGGCAAAGAGAGCCCGAGGCCCUGAGGAAGAGGAGAUCGGGAGCCCUGAGCCCAUGGCAGCUCCAGCCUCUGCCUCCCAGAAACUCAGCCCCCUACAGAAGCUAAGCAGCAUGGACCCGGCCAUGCUGGAGCGCCUCCUGAGCUUGGACCGUCUGCUUGCCUCCCAGGGGAGCCAGGGGGCCCCUCUGUUGAGUACCCCAAAGCGAGAGCGGAUGGUGCUAAUGAAGACAGUGGAAGAGAAGGACCUAGAGAUUGAGAGGCUUAAGACGAAGCAAAAAGAACUGGAGGCCAAGAUGUUGGCCCAGAAGGCUGAGGAAAAGGAGAACCAUUGUCCCACAAUGCUCCGGCCCCUUUCACAUCGCACAGUCACAGGGGCAAAGCCCCUGAAAAAGGCUGUGGUGAUGCCCCUACAGCUAAUUCAGGAGCAGGCAGCAUCCCCAAAUGCCGAGAUCCACAUCCUGAAGAAUAAAGGCCGGAAGAGAAAGCUGGAGUCCCUGGAUGCCCUAGAGCCUGAGGAGAAGGCUGAGGACUGCUGGGAGCUACAGAUCAGCCCGGAGCUACUGGCUCAUGGGCGCCAAAAAAUACUGGAUCUGCUGAACGAAGGCUCAGCCCGAGAUCUCCGCAGUCUUCAGCGCAUUGGCCCGAAGAAGGCCCAGCUAAUCGUGGGCUGGCGGGAGCUCCACGGCCCCUUCAGCCAGGUGGAGGACCUGGAACGCGUGGAGGGCAUAACGGGGAAACAGAUGGAGUCCUUCCUGAAGGCAAACAUCCUGGGUCUCGCCGCCGGCCAGCGCUGUGGCCCCUCCUGACCGUCGUCUCCUCACUCCGCCUUUUCAAAUUUUUGUAUAACCCCGUGUUGUAUAAAUACAGUUUUUGCUCCGGUG